AUGUUGCUGUUUGCUGUUCGCCAAUUCCAGCACUUCUCACGUUCCACCCCCAAAACGCCCCAGCCUCGCCCACACCCCCUUCCAAGCACGCAACAAAAGCCUUCCCUUCCCCACCCACCCCCCACGCCAUCCCCCUCAUCCGCCGCCACCUUCCAUUCCCAUUCCGCCUCCCCUUCCGUCACCGUUCCCCUCUUCCCCGAGUUUGCUUUACAGAGUGUGGGAAACUUUCGUACGCGCUAUACAGCAGCAACAGCACGAGCAGGAGGAGGCAUGGGGAUCGAGGAGGAGCGAUCGGGCGAUUCCCACGCGAGAGACGAGGAGAAUGAAGAGAAAUCGACGAUGCGAGUAGACGGAGGAGAAGAGAAAGCUGGUCAAGGUGACGGAGGGGACGUACACGCAGCAUUAGACGCAGGGACGGACGAAUCGCGCGUAUCUGCGAGUGAGGAGAGCGGGAAUGAGGGAAACCAGGCCGAGACCGGGGGGGAGGCGGAAGGUCCGGGUGACCGCGGGGAUGACGCGGAGGAGGCUGCUGCGCCUGCUGCUGCCGUGGCGGGUGGUGGGGACGCGGAAGCGGAAGCGGAGGCUGAAGCGGAAGCGGGGGCGGAGGCGGAGGCGGAGGAGGUGGUGGCUGUGGUGGUGGAGGAAGCGGAGGGUGCGGAUGAGAAAGGGGAUGGGGAAGGGGAGGGGGGAGAGGGGGAAGAGCAGGCGGAGGAGCCGGCGGCGGAGGAGGAAGAUGGGGAGGACGAGGACGAAGAGGAGGAUGAGGAUGAGGAUGAGGAGGAGGGAGAGGAGGAAGAGGGGGCAUCCGAUGGAGGGAAGUCGGAAGGAGCGGCCGCGCCGGGCCGCCGCGCCGCUCCGCGCAUGAGCCGCGAGGCGCGGAGUAUCUACGAGCGGAUCCGCGCGCGCCCGUGCCGCGUUGCGCGCGUGAUCAUCGCGGGGAACAAGCGCACGAAAGCGGCGAUCAUCUCCCGCAUCAUGGCGGGCGCGCUGGCGGAACUGGCGGAAGCGCAACCGGCGGAAGCGGAAGCGGAAGCGGCGGGCGGAAGCUUCGAGGAUCUGCAGUCGGCGCUGCUGCGCGCCAAUCGGGCGCUGCGCGGGCUGGGGGUGUUCGAAGAUGUGACUAUAGUGGUGGACGCGCUCCCCGGGGACCCGCCUGGCACGGCAAUGGUUGUGAUUAACGUGAAGGAAGAUAGCGUGCUUGCCGCUAACGUCGGCACGUACCUGCAGAGGGACGGCCGCACCAGUGAGGCGCGCAUAACCCUCAAGAACCUCCUCGGGUAUGCCGAGUCGCUCGACGUCUCUCUCGGCGUGGGUCACGACGGUGCAUCCUCCUCCGGCAUCUCCUCCUGGUCCAUCCUGCAGACUGCCGGCAACUCCUUCGCUCUCUCCCUCUCCUGCCCGCUCCUGCUCCUCCCGCCCUCUCUGCAAUCCCUCCUCCCGUCCCCCUACUCCCACUCCUCCUCCUCUUCCUCCUCCUCCGGCCCGGCUGCUUCGCCUGCUUCUGACGCUCCUACGUCGUUUCCCUAUGUGGAGAUGCGGCUGUUCAAGUCCACCCGGUCUAUGCUGCCCUACACCUCGCUCUCCCAGUGCCUACGUGGCGCCACGCUGGGCCUCCACGUCGGCAGGCACGAGCUGGCGUACGAGCUGACGUGGCGAGAAAACUCCGCCGCCGCUGCCGCCACCGCCAGCCCUGAUUCUACCACCAAAACCACCACCAGCACCGCCUCCAGCAGCAGCAGCAGCAGUGGAAGUGGUGGGGGUGAUGGUGGCAGUGGUGGGUCGGGAAUAGCACCGGCACCAGCUUUGGUGCGCGGUGUGUGCUCGCCCGCGGUUCAGCGUGACCUGGGUCACUCGCUGCUCUCCGCUGUGCGAUACAUCUACAGCAUCGACAAGAGGGAUUCCCAGGUCCGCCCUAGGACGGGGUAUGCGAUGCGCGCCACAACAGAGCUGGCAGGGCUGGGCACAGACCCCAAGCUCGUCAGCUUCUUGCGCCAGGAGCUGGAGCUAGCAACGGCCCUGCCUCUCCCCAUCGCCAACGCCGCCUUCACCUCCUCGUUCCGCAUCGGCGCCCUCCUCCCCUGGUCCCUCUCCUCCCUCUCCUCUCUCCCCGCCCUCCCCUCCCUCCCGGCCCUAUCACGUUCCUCUCAACCACCCCCCCCUUCUGCCACCUCCGCCGCCUCCCCCGCUCCCUCCUCCCCCCCAUCCCCCCCACACUCCCUCAUCAACGACCGGUUCUUUCUCGGAGGCCCCUCCUCUCUCCGGGGCUUCCAAGACCAUGCAGUGGGCCCCACCGCUCCCCGCCCGGCCCCCUCCCGCGCGCGCGACUUCCUGGGCGGCGACCUCUCUCUCUCUGCUACAACUGCUCUCUCGUUUGAUUUGCCGUUCCUGAAGCCGCUACAGCAGGCGGGCGUGCACGGGCACGUGUUUGCGUCGGCCGGUGCGCUGCUGCCGCUGCAGAGUGUUUCCGGUGCUGCGGGCAGGGCGUGGGGAGGGGGGAGUGUGGGAGGGGAAGGAGGAGGGGCAGCGGGAGGAGUGGCUGGAGGAGGAGUGGGGAGUGUGGUGGGUAGGGUGGUGGAGGUGUCUCGAUCGGUGGGCAGGGAGGUGCUUGAUGCUAUGAGGUGCACGGCGGGAGUGGGGCUUGUGUGGCCCACACUCAUCGGUCGGCUGGAGGUGAGUGGAGUUGGGUUGUGA